AUGUUACUACUACUCGUGAAGCAUUUUGAAAUAAACCCCAGUAGUUGCGCCGCCCGGCUCUCAGCAGCCAUGAGAUCCAGCUCGGCAACUCGGCAAGUUCCGCAUGCGAGGUUCAGUACCCUCACCUCGAGUCGCCUGGCUUCUCAGCUCGACUCCAUUAAUGGCAUGCUCUGCCAACGAGGCUCAAAGCUCUCAACCUUUGCCUAUAUGAAUCCACGUGAUGCUUUCCCGCGUGAUGUACUUAUGAUCGCUGGCAGCCAAGCCCGAUCCAUUCCACGCGAUGCUCUCCCACGUGAUUUAUCUACAAUCGUUAGCAGCCAGGCCCGAUCCAUUCCACGUGAUGCUCUCUCGCGUGAUUUAUCUACGAUCGCUGGCAACCAAGCUCGAUCUGUUCCACUCAAUGCUUUCCCGUGUAACAUCUCCAUGAAUGUUGGCUGCUAA